AUGCUUCCAAUUCCAUCGCUCAUCGCUGCAGUAAAGGCAACUAUGUUGCUCUAUGCGGCAGGACGUUCUGGAAGGCCAAAUCCAUACAACGACCCAUAUUCAUCCGAUGGCUAUCAGCGACCAACAGAAUCCGCUCCACCUGCCGAACGUUUGAAUGUGGCGCUUUUGGGAGCCGGUAUCUUUGCUACCGCCUCACAUGCACCUAUGUUACAAAAACUUAAUAAGAAUAUCAAUUGCGUCGCCGUUUGGAGCCGAACCUAUGGGAAUGCAGCCAGUUUGGCAACCAAACUCGGUGCCACGCCUUGCACCGAUGUGCAACAGAUUUUCAACUCUCCGAAUAUUGAUGCUGUCAUCACGGCCAUGCCGAUCGACGUUCAACCAGAAUACGUCUUGAAGGCAAUGCAUGCCGGAAAACAUGUCUAUAGUGAAAAGCCUCUUGCAACAACCUUGCAACAAGCCAAGAAAUUGAUUGAAACGUAUGAGGCACAUUUUGCUAGCAGAAACAUUGCAUGGCACGUUGCGGGCCAAUCUCGAUACGAUCCCGCUGUACGAACGGCAAAACAAGCACUUGCGGAUAUUGGGACACCAUUUCUAGUAAAUAUGAAAGUGAGGGCUCCGUUUUUGAAAUCCUCGCCUCAUUCCGAUGCAAUGUGGCGAAAUAGUCCGGAGUGGUACGGUGGGAUGAUUGUCGAAGCAUUUGUUCACGGUUCAUCCAUGUUACGAGGAUUGUUUGGCAAUCCCAUUAGUGUCUCGGCGCAAACUUCAUCACGAACAAAGCACAUUCCAUCCAUUGACACCAUGACGGCACAAGUUAGAUGGCCUGAAGAACUACACGGUUCCGUCUCAUUGACCUAUGCAUCCACUGCCCAUUGCUUUGAAAUUGAAGUCGUUGGCAGUGAAGGACGGAUGGCUCUGAUGCGAAAGGAAGGAGGCCCGGGAUACUCUUUGGAAGUAGAAAUUUCCGGUAGCAAAUCCUACAAGCAUGACAUUCCAUUUGGAGGUGCAGAGACUGAAAUGAUGAGCUUUGUGGAGCGUAUUCGUUAUGCAAACGAUCCAAACAACAACCGCAAUACACCAGUGGAAGCUCUAGCAGAUAUGCAAAUGGUGGAAGCGUGUUUGGAUUCGGGGAAGCAGAAUGGGGUGCAAGUAUUCCUAGAUCCACAGGUUACCCAACUAGCCGUAUACGCUGAUGCUGCUGAACAAGCAGGAGGAGGAAACUCCAACGGGGGAGCGGGAGUCGUCGCAUCGGAAACCAUUCUGUUGUAA